UUUUCAGUUUACAGAGGAGAAGCUUGGCCAAGCUGAGAAGACUGAGCUGGAUGCCCACUUUGAGAACCUAUUGACAAGAGCUGACAGUACAAAGAACUGGACCGAGAAGAUCCUACGCCAGACAGAGGUUCUCUUGCAGCCCAAUCCUAGUGCACGGGUUGAAGAGUUCUUGUAUGAGAAGUUGGACCGAAAAAUCCCCUCUCGAGUGACCAAUGGAGAAUUAUUGGGUCAAUACAUGACCGAAGCUGCCAGUGACUUUGGAGCAAGCUCCCCAUAUGGACAAACGCUCAUCAAGGUUGGAGAGACUCAGAAGCGUUUAGGAAUUGCUGAGAGAGACUUCAUUCACUCUUCUUCAAUCAACUUCUUGACUCCUUUGCGCAAUUUCCUGGAAGGUGACUGGAGAACUAUUUCUAAGGAGAGAAAGAAUCUUGCAGAACCGCCGUUUAGAUCUUGAUGCUUGUAAAGCUCGACUUAAGAAGGCAAAAGCAGCAGAGGCCAAAGCCGCGGUACAGUCCCGAUGCUUUGCCUGACUUUCAGGAGACCCGUCCUCGUAAUUACGUACUGUCGGCCAGUGCGUCAGCGCUUUGGAGUGACGAGGUGGACAAGGCAGAACACGAGUUGCGAGUGGCACAAACUGAGUUUGAUCGCCAGGCUGAAGUCACCAGACUGCUGCUGGAAGGGAUUAGCAGUACACACGUCAACCACCUCCGCUGUUUGCAUGAGUUUGCAGAAGCCCAGGCUACAUAUUCUGCCCAAUGCUAUCAGUACAUGCUGGACCUGCAGAAACAGUUGGGCAGCUCAAAGGGUGAUGUAUUUCCAUCUACCUUUGUGGGCAAUGCAGAUACCUUGUCUCCACCUCUCAGCACCUCACCACCAGCUGCCACUCUACCGCUGCUCCAAGCCGUGAGCCCUAAUCCUGCGGACGGGACCCUCAACCCAUGUGAGGUGAAGCCACCUGCCAGCGGUACACGUAAAGCCAGGGUUCUAUACGAUUACGAGGCAGCAGACAGUAGCGAGUUGGCACUAAAGGCAGAUGAGUUAAUAACCGUUUACAGCCUCCCUGGCAUGGACCCAGACUGGCUCAUUGGAGAACGAGGGAACCAGAAAGGAAAAGUACCAGUUACCUACCUGGAGCUCCUCAGCUAG